AUGGACGGUGGACACAGCCUCAGGAUGGACGUUACUGUACGAGAGCUCAUGGAGCUCUUUCUGCAGAGCACGCUGGUGGCGGGGGUGACCCGCCACCAGGAGACCCUGCUUAACCUGCAGAGGUUGGAGGCCCCAGACAUGGCCCUGGAGGAGCUGGAGUUUCUCUCCAGCAACAUGACCUGUCGCCUCAGGAGGCUCUUAAUUGAGCAAGACAGUUACAGGGAGCUGGUCGUGACCCUGACCCAGGAGUGGAACACCAGCAGCCGCCCCAGCGAGGACACGCAGCCCCUGGCCGUGGAGCUGGCGGACACCAAGGCCACGCUGCGCGGCGUCAGGCAGGAGCUGGAGGAGAAGACGAAGCAGCUGGCGGACGCCAGGCAUCAGUUGUACCAGCUGGUGCUGGAGCUGCAGGAGGCCCGCCGCAAUAACAUGGAGUUGGCAGCCAGCGCCCAGGCUGUUCCUGCCCUCCCUGAGCUGGACUCCCUGAGGGAGAAGGUGAGGCGCGUGGAGAGGCUGGAGAUGGAGGCGAUGGGCCUCAGGCAGAAGGAGAAAGACAUAGACUUCUAUGCAGCCUGUCUGGCCUUGCUCACCACAUCUCCGUAUGGAGACUUGGGCACCAUGACUCAGGUGCCGACUGGAGACGAUUAUUUUUCCAUGGACACUGAGAGUCAUCUCCAGGACCAUUGGAUUUGGUAUUGGAUUGAUAAGCUAUUCGAGCGGGAGGAGGAGAAUGUGCAGCUGAAAUCGAGGCUGCACCACCUCCAAUUGGCCCGGGACACAGACCAGAAAUGCCUUGAGGAGCUGCGGGAAGAGACCAUGGCCCUCAAGACUGCACAAGGGCAGAGUGUGGAGGAGCCCGCCCACCUGCACUGGGAGCUGGAGCAGCUCCAGUGCCAGGAGCUUCCAGGUGACAGCACGCUGAUGCCCAGGGGGGUCUUCGAUCUGUCGGGGGAGGAGUGGAAGCUCGGGAUGCAGGAGGCGUCCCCAGUGGUCACUCGCCUCCAUGAUAGUUGUACCCGGGGCAUGGUUUCCUCCGUUGAUUUCAUCAUCGGACAGAUGGCCUCCAGCUGCUUCCUGAAGCUGGACAAGGAGAAGCAGAGCCUCCAGGACACCAUCCAGGGGCUGCGCGACGCCUCCCUGGCCAUGCAGGAGAGCAGCCUCCAGCGCCGGGAGCUGAAGAAGGAGAACCAGCAGCUCAGAAAGCAGAUUGAAGACUGGCAAGUCCAGAUGGAAAGAGAAAAGCAGACCAGCCGGGAUCUGGCGACUCUCUGUGAGGAGCUGGUGGAGGAGAGAGAACAGCUGCUCCGUGACAUCGAGACCCUGAAGGCUGAGGAAGCCCAGGAGUUCAAGGAUCUUAAACAACUGGUGCGUUCGCUGCGGGAGAGUUCACAGACCAGCAGCAAGGCCCGCAUGAAGGGCCAGAAGACUGAGAAAAAAGUGCUCCUCCAGACGGUGACGGACACCAAAAGGAAAGUGACCAUGAUGGAGUGGGAGCGGCUGCAGCUGUGCCGGGACCUGGAGCAGGUGAAGGAGCACGUGGUGCGGGCGCAGAAGCUGGAGCAGGAGCUGCAUCGCCUGCAGGAGGAGAUCGAGAAGCUGGCCAUGGAGGUCAGCGCCCUGACGACGGCCCCUCAGAAGGUCCACGCCCUCAAGCGGGAGAGCCCGGACCUGUUGCUGGAGAACCAGAGGCUGCAGACGUCUCUGGACACCCUGCAGCCCGAGGGCCUGGAGCAGGACAAGCAGCUGGACACCAGGCAGGUGGAAAAUUCCACUCUGAGCUCCCAGAGCGCCUCGCUCACUGCGCUCACAGAGCAGAACACGCAGCUCCAGCACCAGCAGCUGGCGGCAGCCCACAAGGCCCUGCAGCAGGAACACGCGUGCCUGGGCGUGCUCCACGAGCGCCUGACUAGGGAGCACGAGGCCCUUCUGGACAAGUACCGCCGCCAGAAGACACUGCUGAGUCGGACCCUGAAGCUGGAGAGCAAGGCUCUCAGUGACAGUUUCCUCUGGUCCCGCUGCUUCACAGUGAAGAGAAGUAAAUCCACCUUCACCCUCAGCGAUGUGGAGUUGGUGCGGCUGGAGACUGAGGGGCAGGAGGGUCCCCCAGGGGAGAAGGCGGGUGUGUUUCCCUUCAACAGAUACAAGGACCAGCUCCAACAUAAGGCGGCGCUGGAGCAGCUGGGGACGCUCUUGACCACCGAGCGGGAGGCUCUGCAGCAGGAGCAGAGGACGAGCGCCAUGGCCGCCGAGGAAAACCAGAGGCUGCAGCGAGAGCUGGACAGGGCCAAUUCCCUGCACCAGCAGCUGAAAGGGGAGCAGGAGGAGCUGCAGACCCACACUAAGAAGCUGCAGACCUCCCUGAACAACACCCAGCUGCAGGUAAACCACUGGCAGGCCCGGUACGAUGGGCUGAAGGGGGAGCACCAGAGCACGGACAUCUCGCUGACCGAGCUGGACAACCGCUGCCAGCUGGUCUCCCGCCUCAAGGGCAACUUGGAGGGAGAAAACCGUCACCUGCAGAGCCAAAUCCAAAGGCUGAAAGAGCAGAACCAGAGGCUUCUCCAGGAGGACGUGGAGGACAAGGACCAGCACCAGGAGGAGCAGCAGCAGUACGUAGACAAAUUCAAUGCCUUACAGAGACAAAAUGAAAAACUGGAAGAAAAAAGCAUGGCUCAGCACAAGUUCCAUGAUCCAGCGCCAAAGAAGAAAAAGCACUGGAUUGGAGCCAAAGUCUUAGUCAAACUCAUCAAACUAAAGAAAGGGGGAUCCAGAGAACGACCAAAGUCAACCCCACAGAGGCCUCCCUGGCCGCUGGGGUCCUCAGACCAGGCCUCGCCCAGUACUUCUCAGCCUCUUCAAUCGCAGCUGGAACCCCUCGAGGCCACCCCAUGCUGCUCAAAGGUGACAGAAGAGCAAGACACCUGCAGGGGGCCCAGGGGAAAAGGCCCUGGGGACCCAAUACCAAAGGGAGUGGCCCCACACAGAGGCAGCCUUGACCGCACUCGAGGAGAUGCCUCCGCUGACCCAGCCACCAAGCCCCGGCCAUCAGAGCUGGGCUCCGGGCCCUGUUCAUCCUCAGCCAUCACUACAGCUCCUUCCAGCUCCACCUCCACCUCCCGGCACCCAGGCCGCACCCACGGGCACAAUUCAGAUGACAGCCCCUGUGAACGGUCCCUGGAGAUCCAGUUCCCCACCACAGGCAGCACGGGGAGUGGGCGAGCCGCCCUGUUUGGCCUGUACCGGAGUUCUGCGUGA